AUGACGAUGCAGGCUUUGAAUCAGUACUUGGAGGAUGUCUGUGUGUACUUCUAUUGGCGCAAAAAAGAGUUGUUGAACUUGAAUGAGUUGGAUCAGUGGCAUGAGAUGAACGAGAAACAGAAGAGCGUUGAAAAUGACAUCGCCGAUAUGAAGCGUAUAUAUGAAGAAUCAAAACACAUCGCUAAACCAUACGAAGAAUAUUUUCGAUAUCAUAUGCACGAAAUUGCUCGUUUGCAUUUACUGUCAAUACAAAUUCGUGAAGAAUUAUUGUCAACUGGAGUAUCGAGCAGAACUGAAAAGAAAAAACUGAAUGACAUGAAACGAAGAGCAGAGAAAGCGCUUCGAUUGAGUGCACCAGUGGAAUCGAGCGAUGUUGUUGAGAAGAGGCACACCGAUGGAGAGCGUUUGCGACCAGAAAAGUGUUCGCGAUUCGCACUCGUCACUGCUGCCGAAGGAUCAAUGGGAAUGAAUGAAAAUCGUGUGACGACAUUACGCGGUGAAUUGAAGCAAAAGCGAGAAGAAGCGAAUGUGCUGAGAGAAAAUUUUGAUCGUAAGCUUCAUAGCGAUGGUGGGUGCGGUGUAAACUCCGAACACGGGGAACAGGAUUUUUUAACGAGCGCUGAAAAUUCAGUUUUGGAACAGAUAAAAGCUCAUGAGAGUUACAUAAAGCAAACCUCUGAUCACAUCGCUUAUUUGGAUCAACUGCAGAUCGAUCAAACAUCUAUUGAUUCUCAUUCGAAUUUACUCGUUCAGAGUUUGCCUUCUCCUUCAUCACAAUAUGAUGCAACCAAGUCAACGUCGGUAACAACCUCGAUUGAAACGCCAACCUCAGCUCUACUAUCAGACGUCAAUGAAGUCAUCAACGGGCGAAGCCGAUCGUGUGACGAUGAUUCAAUGAAUGAUGUGAUGUUGACUUCACAAUCUUCAACGCUUGUUCCCGAAUCCGAUUAUGCCUCCGAAAUUGAGCACAGAAAAACUUCAUUCGAGGAACAUCCAAAGUCUGAAGGUGCAAUUCAUCAUCAGCAAGACGUGGAUGCAACCCCUAUGAAAUCUCCUCAUAGUUCAGUGCAUGUUCAAGAACCAGUAAACGAAAUGAGAAUGUCUCCAGGAGAAAUAUCUUCGGCAGCAUUUCGGCCAGAUGUAGUGAAGAUGAAUCAGCACGAACACAUGGUGGAUGCGAACUUGAGUGUUGAUGGAACGAGCGAUGAAAGUUGUGACAUUUCUGAAUAUAAUUUAAGUCAGCUAGAUGAAACUGUAAACACGAGGUCGGUUAUGGAAAGCUUCGAGAAACUUCACAUCAGUGCGCACAAUGAUGCUCAAAAAGAAGAAUCACACAUCGAACAUGUGAAUUCAGUCGGCCUCGACGAAGCUGCAGCAUUCUCAGAAGGAACAUCAAAACCGUCACAAAUUUUUCACGAUCAAGCAUCGAUCGAUCAAGAGUUAUCGCCGAAUGAUCAUUCAUCACCAUUCGUUCUGAAGGAUAGUGAUAUGCAGUCAGUGAAGAACGAGUCGCACGAAGACAAUAACUACUCCCCCGAAUUAUCCACUAAAAUGGAAUCAUUUGUUCCGAGGCUUAAUCUUGACGAACUUGAUACGAAAGAUUUGCCACCUGAACAGUUACGUUUCGAACAAGAGGAAGGUGAACCACUGAUAGCAGAUAACGAAGAACAAGAGAGAAGUGAACAGGACGAAAAGCGGACUUCUGAAGAGAUAUCUGCUCAUUCAGAGAGCAAAAUUAUCGAAAAAGAAACAACGCAUCCAGAUGCUUUAGCGCCAUCUUCCAAGAACUUGCCUGAACGAGAGACUUCACCAGUGGAUGAGUCCGAAACUGAUGAUAAGUCUUUGGUCUUACAUUUACCAGACAAAGAUCAGCUUAUAGAAACGAACAACAGCUGUGAAGAAAUCCUCGGGGAAGUUCCUUCAGCAGUGGAAGAGUAUGAUGCAACUGUGUGCUCUGAUGAGGUAGAAGAUGAACGUGUUGUCGAAAAUAAUGCAUCGAAGGUAGAUGGUAAUGCUCAAAGUGAAACAUCAGAAGAUGCGGACUCUGAAUGUUUUUUCACCGAUGCAGCAUCGUCUCAUCAGGUGUCACUUGGGUCAUCGCAGGACUUCGCUUCGAUGAAACCACAGGACAUUCUCAACGAAGACGACAUUUCGGCGGGAGAUAUCAACAGUUCUGUGCUCAAUAACACGUCGAAACGAAAUACGCCCAAACGAUUCGCUUUAACGGUGAGUCCGCUGAAUGUUGCUUCACCGCGAUCCCCUUUAGCAACUCGAUUCGCUACAGUGAUGCCUUCACCGUCGCGCAACCGCAGUCCACGCAGCUUGAACAGUACUCCUCGAAGUCCGAGAGUGACAUCCGGAAGAGUUGUGUCGUCAUUGGGUAAAUUAUUACUCGAUCAGUCACUCAACGACUCGUUACUGACCAUGUUAACGGCUAUGAACGAGAAGAAGAGGUCCGUCGCCGAGGAGGAAUUCGAGAACUCGGUGUCGUUCCAAGAACAAAAUAGCGCUGAGAAUGUGCUGUCAGAGAUAAGCCGAACAGAUCAAGAACGAAUUGGUCCGCAGUCUCCACCAGACCUUCUGGAUUUUACGCCAUUGGAUUUAAGUGGUGUUUACAGCAACGAUGAAUCAAACAAAUUGAGUGAUAUGGAUUCCAUUCACCGAGUCACUGAAGAGAAACAGCGCCUUGUUGGUAUACCGGAUCUAACAUGCGAUACACCUGUACCGAAGAAAACUCAAAGCAAGACACUAGCUUCAGUGGAGGAGUCGAAUAAAAAAUACUACCGCGAUGACAGAGAUCAAAUAUGUUCGCUUAUAAGGGAAUAUGCUGGAUGUAUUUGGCAACAGUUCACUAAUGGUGAAACGUUGUGUAUUGAUGCGACAUGCAAUAAAGAUGAGAAUGAGCAUGCAGCGAGUAUUGCAUACAAGCAGAUGAUAGCAGAUGAAUGUUGUGCAGUAGUGUCGAGAGCGUUUGCAAGAGAUGUGCGUAAUAUUUGGAUGAAUCAUGGUGCAGCAGUGCCACCUAGAAGUCAACUCGAAUUGGAGAAUAUCUUACGCGACAACAUUUUGAAUGUGCUUUGUCCUGAUUGUUCAAAGCCGAGAGUGAAAACUCGUUGGGAGACUGUAUGUCGAGAUGCAGCGAUUAAGUCAUCAGCAGAAAGUUAUUAUUUGACGAAGGCUGUUAUGGAUGAGGUGUACCGUGAUGAGGAUAGAUGGUGCGAUUUUGAAUCAACCGAAGAAAAUAUUAAAGAGACCUUAGCCGAAGAAAUUUUCACGGAUCAAAUUAGUGAAUCGUUCAGUGUGAUGGCCAACGGCUCCGUAAUUGCUCUCAAAUAA